CGAAGUGUGCUAUUUUACUGUGGUAGAAUCCAGGAUAUUUUAGAGAAGACCCCUCCGCUCCGCUGUCUUGCUUAUCUUGAUAACGCUAUCGGAGGAUUCAAUCAGCGUUCUUGUCGUCAGAAGCCGGUUAUCUUCUCACUCCGAGUCCGUAUGAAUGCGUCUCUGCAGCAUCACCGCAGCUAACGGCGUCAAUUAGAGAUUCUUCUCGUGUGAACGUGGAUGUCCGUGCUGGAAGAUGCUAAAGGGCCACCACCACCAUCGCGUGUGAUACAAUUAUCAUCGAAUGCCGACGAUCCUCGCCCACGGUCGCAAGUCGAGGCAUGUCCGGUAGUCGGCCGCGAACCGUCGUGCUGAUUGAACCUCCAGACUGCGUCGCUUUCCGGCAUCUCCUGCGUAGCUGCAAUGUCGUCGACGGCUACGGACGAAAAUGCUAAGCGGUCGACCAACGGCGAGCUCAGCAAUCAUGCGGUUGGACCUACGGAGCCGGGUCGGAGUAACAGCGUUGCUACGGAGAACUCGACACCGGAAUGCGCGCCGCAACCGGCCGAGCGAUGGUAUCAGAAGAUCUCCGUCGAACCUUCGAUGUUCCUGUACAUGAUGGCGUUCAUGCUGACCUCGGUCGUUGAGCAGGCUUUUUUCCUCUACAAAGCGUGCACCGUUGACCAUGGGUACUCGCACGAGAUUUGCCUAAAUAUCGAACAGUACCAGGAUAUAAAGAAACAGGUCCAGGUGACAACCUCGACGUUCCAUCAGUGGAACAACAUCGCCAUGUAUGUUGUACCGAUUGUGCUAGCACUUUUUCUUGGUGCUUGGUCGGAUCGACGUGGUCGGAAGCUACCACUCAUUCUCGGGCUUACCGGAAAGUUGAUCUACUCUCUCAUGAUCGUGGUAAACACGCGCAUGCCAUCGUGGCCAGUUGAGUACAUCAUCUACACCGCGACGAUCCCGAGUGUUCUCACCGGAGCCGACAUUGCCAUCUUUGCCUCCUGUUUUGCAUACAUCUCCGACAUUACGACGGUCGAGGAGCGCACAUUACGCAUCACCAUCCUCGAUGCGACCUACCUGAGCACGAUGCCAAUCGGAGUCGCCCUCGGCAAUGUGAUCUUUAACCACACGGGAAAGUCUUACACGAUCAUGUUCGCCAUCAACGCAUCGUUACUCGCCUGCUCAAUCCUCUACUCGAUUGUGCGUCUAAAGUCACGCACAACCGAGCGCCAGUGUUCGAUCCGGGAGCUACCUUGGUACCGGAUGCCGCUGGAUUUCUUCGACCGCCAGCAUGUGGUACGGUCAGUUAGCACGUUCCUGCGCAAACGAACGAUGCACCGCCGGACCUACCUGUACCUGCUGAUGGUGGCGAUGUCCUUCUACACGUUCCAGCGGGACGAAAAGCCAAAGAUGUACCUCUACACCCAGCUGCGCUUCAACUGGGACACGGAUCUGUACAGCUAUUUCAAAACGUACCAAUCGGCCGCGUACGUGGUGAUGAUGUUUCUCGGCGUCCCGUUGUUCACCAAGGUGCUCGGUUUGAAGGACACCCUGAUCAUCAUGAUCGGAGCGUUGGCGCAUGCCAGUGCGCGGUUCGUUUACAUCUUCGCCGAGGUUGGCUGGGUGCUGUACAUCGGUGCAACGAUCUCCAGCGUGGGCCCCGUUGUGGCACCGGUUCUUCGGUCGAUGAUUUCCAAAAUGGUUCCCACCAACGAGCGUGGAAUAAUAUUCUCCUUCCUUUCCGUGUUCGAUAACGCCGUUCCCCUGUUCAGUGGGGUGCUGUAUACGCAGGUUUACAACUCUUCGAUCAAUACGUACCCCCAGGCGAUUUUCCUUCUCACCAUGGGCACCCAAAUGGUGGUGUUCUUCAUUGCACUCGCGAUUCACUUCUCACUUCGUGGUCGAGCACUGGAAGAGUGUACUCCGGUCGAAAAACCACCCGGCACGGGACUGAUCGACGAAGCGAAGGCUCCAGCGAUCGAUGAUGAAGCACCCAGUGUUGCUCAUUAAUUCGUUCCUUCAUUCAACAAAGAGCGCACCUUCCUUCGGGUGGUUCCAUUCCGUGAUAAAGUGUUAGUUUUAUUGUAAAACGAAAGCCAAUCAUCCUACAGUGCUUUGAAAGCAACCCUAAAAUAGAUUAGUAUACGCCAACACGCCGAUGUCUUUGGUUGGUUUUAU